AUGACGGUUCCUACCUUCGAUCAUCCUAUUGAGACUCCUCCGCGAGCCCCUUCUCCAGUCCAUCGAUUUGGCACCUUAGCAGUUCAUGCUGGGUCCCCUCAUGAUCCCGUCACCGGCGCCGUCAUCGAAGCCAUCUCUCUCUCUACCACAUUUGCGCAAACCGCCGUUGGAAAACCCGUUGGCGCAUACGAAUACAGCAGAAGCUCCAACCCCAAUCGUGACAAUUUCGAGACGGCGGUCGCAGCUCUUGAACAUGCAAAAUAUGCUCUAGCUUUCUCUUCUGGCUCUGCUACCACGGCCACCAUUUUACAAUCCCUGGCUGCCGGUUCGCAUGUUAUUUCCGUAUCGGAUGUUUAUGGUGGGACUCAUAGAUACUUCACACAGGUUGCUAAGGCACAUGGUGUGAAAGUUACAUUUACGCCAGAAAUCGAGGUGGAUGUUGUGGAUCAUAUUACACCAGAGACCAAACUCAUUUGGAUUGAAACUCCAAGCAAUCCAACUCUGCGACUUGUAGAUAUAAGAGCGGUGGCUACAGCCGCCCACAAACACGGCAUAAUGGUUGUGGUUGACAAUACUUUCAUGAGCCCUUACAUCCAGCAACCAUUGGACCACGGAGCUGAUAUCGUCGUCCACUCUGUUACCAAAUAUAUCAAUGGACACUCCGAUGUAGUGAUGGGUGUAGCUGCUUUCAACUCCGACGCCAUGAAGGAAAGAUUAGGCUUUUUGCAAAAUGCCAUUGGUUGCAUUCCCUCCGCAUUCGACAGCUGGCUUGCUCACCGCGGCUUAAAGACAUUACAUCUCAGAGCCCGAGAAGCAUCCAUCAACGCGACCGUGGUGGCCAAAGCAUUGGAGAGUUCACCACACGUCAUUGCCGUCAACUACCCCGGUUUGGAUUCUCACCCACACCGCAAAAUUGCUCUCAAGCAACACAGAGAUGGUAUGGGAGGUGGCAUGCUUUCCUUCCGCAUCAAAGGAGGUUCCGCUGCAGCCGAGAAGUUUUGCCAAAUGACAAACAUCUACACCUUGGCAGAGAGUUUGGGAGGAGUCGAGAGUUUGGUAGAGGUUCCAAGCAGCAUGACACAUGCUGGCAUUCCCAAAGAUCACAGAGAGGCUAUUGGGGUGUAUGAUGACUUAGUCCGUAUCAGUUGUGGAAUUGAGGAUGCAGAGGAUUUGAAAGCAGAUGUUUUGCAAGCUCUAGAGAAGGCUGUCGUUUGGCCAAAAAUCUCCAAUGGCUUACAAAACUUUGCUUCUUAA